AUGGCCGUAGGAUCUUCAGCAUCAUACCUCCGAUCCGCUCCCUCUUCGUCUGCCCCCGCGGUCCCCCGUCCCCCAACCUCACUCACCGUCCACCCCGUCGCUCUCUUCUCCAUCCUCGACCACUACCUCCGUCGUCAAGACUCUCAAGAACGUGUCAUCGGAACCUUGCUGGGCACGCGCUCCGAGAAUGGCGAUCUUAUAGAUGUGAAGACUGCGUUCGCGGUGUUGCAUAGCGAGACGAGCGAGCAGGUGGCGGUGGAUAUGGAUUAUCAUCAUCAGAUGUAUGAGUUGUGUCAGAGGGUCAGCCCGAAGGAGGUUAUUGUUGGGUGGUACUCUACCGGCUCGAACCUCAACACCUACUCCGCCCUCAUCCAAAACUUCUAUUCGCACGAGACAGCACCCUACCCCGCCAUCCACAUCGCGCUCAACACCGGGACCGUCGAAGGCGAGGAAGCCGGCGUCAAAGCGUACAUCAGCUCGCCGGUGGGAGUCUCCCCCAAACCCGAAAACGCGGUAUUCACGCCCGUGCCCGUCGAGCUCAAGUUCAGCGACGCGGAUCGUAGCGGACUCGACCUCCUGACCUCCUCCCUCACUUCCCCGCUCAACGCCACCGGCGCAAACACUACCGCACCGACGACCGAUCUCUCGAAGCUUGAGUCCUCGUUGCGGGAAUUGAUCGGGAUGCUUGAUCGGGUGCUGGGAUAUGUGAAGGAUGUCGUGGAGGGAAAGAAAACAGGCGACAAAGCGGUAGGACGAUACCUCAUGGACACCUUCGGGAUGGGCACGGAAGAGAUGGAACGGGGCGGGUUCACGGGCAGUCUCCAGGACACGCUGAUGAUGAGUUAUCUUGCGAACCUUGUACGCGCGCAGGCGGAGGUAUCGUCGAGGCUCGCGCUCGUCACUGCUGCCUGAUUGAUUGUCACUGCUGCAUGAUUGGUUGUUCUUUCUUCUCAGUUCUUAUUUGACACACGAAAAUGGGGACCCUUUGGUUGCCCUUUUGUCCAUGAGCCGUUAGUGUGCUGUUUGUUCUUGUUGUAUCUGUAUUGAUACGAGUAAUAGAAUUCAUGGUCCGAAAACCAUCGUCGC